CAUGAAGACAUCUCCGAAGUUCGUUCUCUACCUGACAUGUUUCUUCUUGGGGAAAAUGGGUGAGUUGUUUCAGAUGCAUCAUUUUAUCUUGUCUCAUCAAGACAGUGGAUUCAUAUCAGCUGAUGUUGGAUACAACUUGACUUUGCAGUGUUUCUAUGAAGAGAGAAACGAUAAGAUGUAUUGGUACAAACAAACACCAGGACAGAAACCUCGAAUCAUCUCAGUGACGUACAAAUCCACUAAAAGAGAUGCGUUAUUGAAUGAAUUCAAGGACAAUCAACGCUUCACUGUGGAAACUAUUGGUGUUGUGAGUCACCUAAAAAUCUCAGAUCUGCAGCUUUCAGACUCAGCCACUUACUACUGUUUAAAGGGUCCUUUAAGUGUGCUUGAGUUUACUGAGGGCGUCACUGUCAGUGUGAAAGGUUCAGGGUCUAACAUCCAGGCUCUGGUGCAUCAGUCUGAGAGCAUCCAGCCAGGAGGUUCUGUGACUCUCAGCUGUACAGUUCACACUGGGACCUGUGAUGGAGAACACAGUGUUUACUGGUUCAAGAGCUCUGAAGAUCCUCAGCCAGGACUCAUCUACACCCACGGAGACAGGAACGAUCAGUGUGAGAAGAAACCCGACAAUCAGACACACACCUGUGUCUACAACUUGUCAAUGGAGAGACUGAACCGUUCUCAUGCUGGGACCUACUACUGUGCUGUCACUGCAUGUGGACACAUUGUGUUUGGAGACGGGACCAAGCUGGAGUUUGAUGGUGAGUCGCUACCAGAGACUCAUUUAAUGAAUAGUGACAGUCACCUAGAAAGAGACAGGGCAAAAAAAUUGAAUGUGGGCUCUGAUGACCUGAACUACGCAGGACUGAGUUUCCUUCCAAGGGCAGAGCGGAGCAGAAGGCCUGCUAGAGAGAGAGAGCCGGAGCCUAAUGUUGUCUACGCCACCACCAAGCACUCAAGAAACCACCGGAAGUGA